GCCAAACCCUAUCUCUCGAUUUCAGUCCGCCGUCCUCAGUACAAUUACGGACGGAAAGGGAGGGCGGAGAUCGGAGAUCGGAGAUCGGAAGACACGCCGCCGAUUUCAUCAGCUUCGCCGUUCUCUUCCGCCACCUCCAAAUCUCCCAUCCCCAUCCGAUCCAUGGCUUCCGUGUUUGCAGUCCAGAAGAGUCUCCUUUCGUCCACCUCCACUACGAAUUCCAAGCCCCAAACCCUUAGGUUCCCUUCGGCUGCCGCCGCCGCCAAUCUUCUCUUCUCUUCGUCCUCCUUCUCCACCGCGAAUUUGUUCUGCGCCUCCCCCGUCUUCCAUCCCCGCCUCCGCCACCGACACGGCCAUCUCGUCGUACGCGCCGCCCGCGGCAAGUUCGAGCGCAAGAAGCCCCACGUCAACAUCGGUACCAUCGGCCAUGUGGACCAUGGCAAGACCACCCUAACCGCCGCCCUCACCAUGGCACUGGCCGCUGUCGGUGGCUCCGCCCCCAAGAAGUACGACGAGAUCGACGCCGCCCCCGAGGAGCGCGCCCGUGGCAUCACUAUCAACACCGCCACCGUCGAGUACGAGACGGAGUCCCGUCACUACGCCCACGUUGACUGCCCCGGCCACGCUGACUACGUCAAGAACAUGAUCACCGGCGCCGCUCAGAUGGACGGCGCUAUCCUCGUCGUCUCCGGUGCGGACGGCCCAAUGCCCCAGACUAAGGAGCACAUCCUCCUCGCCAAGCAGGUCGGCGUGCCUAACAUGGUCGUCUUCCUCAACAAGCAGGACCAGGUCGACGACGAGGAGCUUCUCCAGCUCGUCGAGCUCGAGGUCCGUGAGCUCCUCUCCUCUUACGAGUUCCCUGGCGACGAUGUCCCCAUCGCUUCCGGAUCCGCCCUCCUCGCUCUCGAGGCGCUCAUGGGCAACCCUAAAAUCAAGCGCGGUGAAAACCCCUGGGUCGACAAGAUCUACCAACUCAUGGAUGCAGUCGACAGCUACAUCCCCGUCCCUCAGCGCCAGACCGACCUCCCCUUUCUUCUCGCGAUCGAAGACGUCUUCUCCAUUACUGGACGUGGCACUGUCGCCACCGGCCGGAUCGAGCGUGGCACCAUAAAGGUCGGUGAGACAGUCGAAAUUGUUGGCCUCCGGGAGACGCGUAACACCACGGUCACUGGCGUCGAGAUGUUCCAAAAGACUCUUGAUGAUGCCAUGGCCGGGGACAAUGUUGGGCUGCUUCUCCGUGGGAUACAGAAGGCGGACAUCCAGAGAGGGAUGGUGUUGGCCAAGCCCGGCACCAUUACUCCCCACACCAAAUUUGCCGCCAUUGUUUAUGUCCUUAAGAAGGAAGAGGGUGGGAGGCACUCCCCCUUCUUUGCCGGAUAUCGUCCUCAGUUCUACAUGAGAACCACUGACGUCAACGGCAAAGUUUCUAGCAUAAUGAAUGACAAGGAUGAGGAGGCAAAGAUGGUCAUGCCCGGGGACCGUGUCAAGAUGGUGGUCGAGCUUAUCAUGCCAGUGGCCUGUGAGCAGGGAAUGCGGUUUGCGAUCAGAGAGGGUGGCAAGACUGUUGGUGCAGGAGUCAUACAGUCCAUUAUCGAAUAAACUCUCAAAUGUAAGGCUAUAGUAGUCCCCUUUGAGUUGCUAGAUGAAUUCACAUCUUCGGCUAGUAAGGUUUGAAUAUUUGUGAUCAAGCAUGAAGUAGGUUGAAUGCACUUAACCUCAGCUCACAUUGUCAAAUAUUCUACUGUUUUGGUUCCUCUAUUCAUCUUCUUUUUUUCCCUUCCUUUUCAGUAAGGAUCUUUCUCUGGUGUCAAUUGGCCUCUCCAAAAAUUCAUAGCAACUAAAUUCUGUUAUUCUAUUGAACUACUGUUUGGAUAAGUAGUUGCUAAUGCCUCGUUGAUCACAUUA